GUCAGUCCUAAGUUCAGCCAAAGUGAAAGAGAAAGUAUCAGUCUGAGAGACUGCGUCCGUGAAAUGGCAGCUAAAGCGUUGAUUCCUGAGGACAAUCUCUAUUGUUCUGUAUGUUGUGAUAUUUUUAAAGAGCCUGUUGUCCUAAAAUGCAGCCACAGCUUCUGUAGAGAGUGUCUGCAGCAGUACUGGGGAGAGAAGAGCUCUCGGGAGUGUCCUAUCUGCAGGAGAAAGGCCUCAAUAACUGAACCUCCUGUAAACCUGGCUUUAAAAAUCAUUGUGGAGUCCUACUUAAAGCAGAAGAGUGAGAGUGAAUCUGCAGAGGAAAGUGAAGCUCUUGUGAAGGAUGAAGCUUUCUGUAGUCUUCAUGGAGAGAAACUUCUAUUCUUCUGCAACCAUGACAAAAAGCCUCUCUGUAUCAUCUGUCAGACUUCAAAAAAACACAUAAACCACCCGGUCUGUCCAGUUGAAGUGGCUGUCCUGGAUCUGAAGGAGGAACUCAAGCCUGCGCUUAAUCUUAUUGAAGAAAAGCUGAUGAGGUUUACUAAGGCUGAACAAGAAUGUAAGACAACAACACAAUACAACAAGAGACAAGCCCGGCUCACAGAGAGGCAGAUAAAGGCAGAGUUUGAGAAGCUCCACCAGUUCCUGCGAGAGGAAGAGGCGGCCAGACUAGCUGCUCUGAGGGAGGAAGAGGAGCAGAAGAGUCAGAUAAUGAAGGAGAAGAUAGAAAAGAUCACAGGACACAUCUCUAUCCUAACAGACAAAAUCACAGCUAUAGAGAAGGCCAUGGACACUGAAGACACUUCCUUUUUAAAGGUAGGAGUUUAAUUUCCUGAAGGUGUUCUGGGCUUAUAUUGACUAAUUCCAGCCAUAUUGAGAUGCACAGUUUGUUUGCAAUUUUCAAUAAUGGUUCUGUGGAGCACAGUUCUACCAGCAGAAUGGGGAAGAUAUGAAUAAACUGCUAGCAAGCAGCAUGUCACAUUGUUAUAUUGUUAAACAUCAGACCUGGGUAAAAUACAUAUUUAAAUAAUUUUAAUUACUUUUAAAUACUUUUUUUAGGAAUUAUUUGAAAUUCAGCAUUUACAGAUACUGAAUAUUUAAUUACCAAAUGUAUUUGACAAUACAUUUAAGGAGCAUUUGCAUAUAUUUGCAAUUACUUUCAAAUAUGUCUUAAAAAAAAAACAUUUAAAAUACAGAAUUUUCAAAUACAAAAUUUUUGAUUAAAUGGAAUUAUUUGAAAAUAAUUUCACAACAUAAAUUCAGUGGUGCAACAUGUGCAAUUGCACAAAGCUGCUGAUAGACUUGAAAAUCAAUGGAUGUGCGAGAAACUGUCAGCUCUGACAGUUGAGCAUUUUGCCUAAUUAGAGGACAGUUUUUUGAUGAGAAGUGGCUGCUGACGGACCCAGUCUAAUUGUACCGAUUUCCAUUGUUAAUUGCUAGUGAAUAUGCAUGGCUGAAUUCUAUUUUAUCAGUGUCUAACCUUACAAAAUGUAAAAAAUGGAACUGUACUGUACAUAUGGCUGUUGAACACUCUAAUAACAGAAAAAAAAGAGGAAAUACAGUAGCAGGCCACUAUCUUUAAAAAGAUUGCAUGGGUACAAAUAAACUGGCAAGUAGCUUAUCAAGAAAUCUGAGUUUGCCGUCCCCCUAUGCAAAAAGAUGUACGGUCAGUUAGUCUACUGUUUGUUAGAGGCAGCGCAUGGGUUGUUUAAAAUUGCCAGCGUAGGGUACCCUGGCCCAAAAUCCAAAUUCAACCCCUAGACCCUAGUAGUUCCCCUGGAGUGCCCUUCGUAUUAUAACUCGCUGACAUCACAUCGAGGGCCACUUACAAAGAUUGUACAAAGAACUCUUCAGUAUGAAGCUUACAUUCUUGGUGGAUCAGUCAUUUCUGUUGUCUAUCACAGAAAUAUUUCAAAAUAUUUUAAAAUCGUAUUUGUAUUUUCAUGUAUAUUUAAAAGGCUCUGAAUACUAUUUGAAAAAGUAUUUAGAGUC